CAGACAAUGUUUACAAUGUCACGUGUUGGAUUAUGCCGUGUUUGAAAUCAAGAUAAUUUCUUUUAAAAACAUUUAAUUACAAAGCUGUCAAUUUUAAUUUGAUGUCUUUAUAACUCCCUUUUUCAUUUUAUAUUGCUUGAUUGAGUGCAUAUUUAGUUUUCGUUUUAUAAUUGAAAAUGCCGCACAGCGUACUAAAUUUCAAUGUUGGUGUUUUGGGUCAUAUCGAUAGUGGGAAAACAUCUUUAUCCAAAGCUUUAAGUACGAUCGCUUCCACGGCGUCGUUUGAUAAAAAUCCACAAAGUCGAGAGAGAGGAAUAACAUUGGAUCUAGGUUUUUCAUCUUUUACUGUACCGAUUCCGGAUCACAUCAAAGCACAAGAUUGUCAUCUUGAAAGUUUGCAGUUCACAUUAGUUGACUGUCCUGGUCAUGCGUCUUUAAUACGAACAAUUAUUGGUGGUGCUCAAAUAAUUGAUUUAAUGAUGCUUGUAGUAGAUAUUACCAAAGGAGUACAGACACAAACUGCUGAAUGUUUAGUACUUGGCGAAAUAACCUGCAAUCACAUGAUUGUCAUCUUGAACAAAAUUGAUCUCUUGCCUGAUGACAAGAGGGAAGCCUCAAUUCAGAAAAUGUCAAAAAAGAUUUUAAAGACAUUAGAACGAACAAAGUUUAAGAAUUCGGUCAUAAUACCAGUGUCUGCUAAACCGAAUUCUGAUGAAACUAAUGCAGUUCCCAUUGGAAUUGAUAGUUUAGUUGAAUGCUUAAAACAUCAUACAUAUAUACCUGAGCGAAGUCCUUCAGGCUCCUUUGUGUUUGCUGUUGACCAUUGUUUUGCGAUUAAAGGUCAAGGCACUGUCAUGACUGGUACAAUAUUACAAGGUCAAGUUUCUGUUUCUGAUGUUGUAGAAAUACCAAAAACAAAAAUUACAAGAAAAGUUAAAAGUAUUCAGAUGUUUAAAAAACCAAUUCAAACUGCAAUGCAAGGUGACAGAGUGGGUAUAUGCGUUACUCAAUUUGAUCCUAAGGAUUUGGAAAGAGGUGUUGUGUGCUCUCCGGGAUAUAUAGAAACUACUGAUUCUGUAAUAGCUUCUGUGAGCAAAAUUCCUUACUUCAAAGGGGUUUGCAAGACUGGCUCAAAAUUUCAUGUCAGUAUCAUGCAUGAUACGGUUAUUUCAAAGUGUUCUUUUUUUGCUCCACGAACAGGUUUGGGAACAUGUUUGAAUGAAUUUAAUUUUGAUUUAGAUUAUGUGCAUCUUGAUGAAAUUCCUGAAGAGUCUUCUGCGAUGCCAAGUGUAGAUCCAAAAGUGGAUUCAAUUUUUGCUUUACUUCAGUUAGCUAAUCCUGUGAUACUUAAUAAAGAUGCUGUAUAUAUUGCUUCAAGGUUGGAAACAGACAUUCAUGCCAAUGUUUGUCGUUUGGCUUUUCAUGGUAAAAUACUAGCUGUGUCUUCAUCUAAACAGAACAGUGAAAUCUUCCCCACUUUGAAAGUGUACAAAGAGAAAAUGAAGGUUGGCACUGUUGAUAGAAUGGUAAAUGAAUACCAGGUGAUUGUUAGAGACUUGUUUAAAAAGGAAACAAAUAUUCAGAUUUUUGCUAAUCUUAAAGUGCUCCUAUCUACUGGGGAAGAAGGUAUCAUAGAAGGGUCUUUUGGUCAGAGUGGAAAAGUGAAUGUUAGAGUACCAAAUGGUCUAUCAGAAAAGGCAAUAUCUUCUCUGAAAAUUUCAAAGAAAGGAAAGCGUGAUCAAAUUGAGAAAGAUAAAUUAGACCAAAUCACUGUAGAGCUUAAAUUUAAAAAAUAUAUUUAUGGUAACAAGAAAAAAAUAUUUCAAUCAAAAUAGUUGUAUAAAAUUUUGACUAGACAAAUUUGGUGCUAAUGAAAUGUAGCAGGCAAUCCACCACUCGAGUUAUCUUGUAACUCUAUCUCUAGAUGGAGGCAAUUAACAUGUAUCUUUUAAUAAAGCAACUAUUUUCAGUUGCUCCAUCUUUCAAGUAACUAUGUAACUAGUACCAUUU